GAGAGUGUGUGUGUGUGUGUGUGUUUCUAGAUCCUAACGUGUUUGCUGCUUGUUUUUGAUUUCAAGCCCAUGUACAGUUUUCUGGCCCAGCCCAACGCCCUUACCCACCUGGAUUUAUCCGGCACCGAGUGCGCCCUGGACAUGGUCUGCGCGGCUCUGCUCCGAGGCUGCCUGCAGUACCUGGCCGUGCUCAACCUCUCCCGGACCGUCUUCUCUCACCGGAAAGGGAAGGAGGUGCCGCCCUCCUUCAGGCAGUUUUUCAGCAGUUCCCUGGCGCUGACGCACAUCAACCUCUCGGGCACCAAGCUGGCGCCCGAGCCCUUAAAGUGAGUGGUUCGCGCGUUUUC